AUGGCCAACCAUCAAAUCCAAACCCAAUAUACAUUAUGCUCAACAUCUGCCGGAGCAAAUCCGACGUUAUGGUCCCCCUUCUUACACUGCGUCAUGGUUUGGAGAACGUACAAUUGGGACCCUGGCAUUGUUGGGCAGACAAUGAUCCGGCGACACACCUCUAAGGCAUUGUUUUCAAAUCUUUGCAACAACAUUCCCUCUAAAUAUGCUGAGACCAUAGGUGUGCAUACUCUAUUUCAUGCAAAUCGGCCCAAAUGGACAGCACAUUCAAUCUCUCCCGAAUGCUCUCAAGCUCUAAGUCUACUCUUAACUCGAUUGGGUAUCCUGGGGUAUUCAAAGACUGAGAGCACUUCGCUUUGGCAACACGCAGGGAAAUCAUUCACAAUAUCUAAACGGCACAUAGGAAAUAGUCGAAUCGAGUUCAAAGACCAAGGUAAUACUACAUUUGGUGAAAUAGUCCACAUUUUACGUGUGGACUCUCAUCCAGGUCCUCUAUUUGUCAUUCGGCCCUUCCGCCCACUCACGCAUUUGGACGAGUCAAAGAGCCCGUAUCACUCGUACCCAUACUUAAAAGCCAGGGUUAUGUACCGCCAACCACUUCCAUUACGUGUCAUUGCACUUGAUGACCUUUUUGGCCACAGUGCUCUGGUUGAGAACGAUGCUGGAGCAAUGAACAUCCCAGCCCCCACUGUAAAUCUGAUUAGCUUGCGAAGUUUGGGAAUCUCGGAGAUGGCAUCUACAUAUACAGAUCUAGAUCCAAAACCGACUUAA